AUGCACCACGGGCUUCAUGUGGAUCGUCUCGUCGGCCCGGUACUGGUCGAAGCGAUAGCCAUAGCGCUCGGCCUUGUCGGCAUCGGUUUGCGUCUUGAUGCUCCAGAUGUAGUGGUUGAACUCGUUGGACACCUGGGAGACGCGGUCAAAAUGCCAGCGCUCGAUGCGGAUGCGCCCACCCCCGCCCCCGCCGUCACCCUCGGCUGGGUUGUAGCCAGCCAGCGCCACGGCGCUCUAGAAGGCGUUGCGGAUCUGCCGGCCGCUCCACACGGGGCCAAUCUUGGAGCCGCGGGCCUUUUGGCGCUCGAAGAAGGUUUCGGCGUAGGCCAGGAUGUCUUCCACGUCCACCUCGAUCAGGCAGCUCCGCUCGAGCUUUUGCAGGAAGAGGAUACCCUCGUGGUAUUCCAGGACUCGGAGGGUUAUGGAGGAGGUGGAAGCGGCCUCGCGGGGCGUGGUGCUUAA